AUGGCGCCUAAUAUUGCCCCUGCGACUGGUCCAGUCCGAGAAUACCACAGUGCUCUCUCCACUAUCCUUCAAGGUAGAGACACACGAUGGUACAAAGGUCGACUGGGUCGUCUCAACUUUAUGCUUUUCUUCCUUUUCUUGACAAUGACGAACAAUGGAUAUGAUGGAUCCAUGAUGAAUGGUCUCCAAACCAUCGACACAUGGAAGAAUUACUUCCACAACCCUCAAGGCGGUACUCUAGGAGUCUUCAACGCCAUUCAGACCAUCGGAGGUCUUUCGAGUCUGUUGUUGUCUCCAUACCUAUGCGACUGGGUCGGUCGAAGGCGAGCCCUGGUCUUUGGAACAAUCAUCAUGUUGAUCGCUACGGGUAUCCAGACCGCUGCGCAGAACGUAGGAAUGUUCAUUGGAUGUCGUUUCUUGAUUGGAUUUGGUCUCUCAUUUGCGGGAUUGGCAGCUCCGUUGCUCAUUGGAGAAUUGGCCUUCCCGACUCAUCGAGGCCCUAUAACUUCGCUCUGGGGCCCUGCUUGGAACUCUGGGGCCAUCAUUGCCGCAUGGACGACAUUUGGUUCCUUUAGGAUCAACAAUACAUGGGCCUGGAGGCUUCCUUCAUUGAUCCAAGGUGUCCCGGGAGUCAUUACCUUGUGUGUGAUCUAUUUCAUUCCGGAAUCGCCACGUUGGUUGGUCUCCAAAGGACGAGACGAAGAAGCGCUUGCAGUUAUCACCAAAUGGCAUUGCAAUGACGAUGCUGCCGACCCCUUGGCAACAUUCGAAUAUGAGGAGAUUAUGGAGGCGCUCCGAGUCGAGCGUGAAGCCAAGCAAUCUUCUUCAUAUUUGGAGCUUUUCAAAACGCCCGGUAACCGACGACGAAUGAGAAUCAUCAUUGCCUUUGGCUUCUUCUCUCAAUGGUCAGGUACAGGAUUGAUCAGUUAUUAUCUCACGCUCGUCCUCGACGGUAUCGGUAUCACCUCAACGGGUCACCAGACUUUGAUCAAUGGAAUUCUUCAAGUCUGGGGAUUCAUCAUCUCGAUCAUUGGUGCCACGCUUGUCGAUAAGGCCGGUCGAAGACCUUUGGUGUUGACAUCCUUGGCCGGCAUGUUGGUCUUCUUUGUCUGUUGGACAAUCUGCAGUGCAGUAUACACCGAAUCGACGGCCCUCAAGAACACCAUGGGUGUCGCCAUUCACCCGAAUCUCAACGCUGGCCACGCCGUCUUGGCUCUGAUCAUCCUAUUCAACGCAUCAUACGCCAUUGGAAUCAGUCCAGUCCAGAACUUGUACUCUAUCGAGAUUUGUCCCACCAACAUUCGUGCGCGUGCCAUCACCAUGGGAAGUUUGUCCAUCAAUAUUGCUUUGAUCUUCAAUCAAUAUGUGAACCCGCUCGCCAUGAAGGCACUGAACUGGAAAUAUUAUAUCGUAUACGACUGCUGGCUCCUCUUUGAAUUGGUCUUCAUGUACAUGUACUUCAUCGAGACAAAGGGCCCUAACGGACCUCUCCCUCUCGAGGAAACCGUCUUCCUGUACGACGGCGAGGACAGCGCUGCCGCGCUAGAAAAGAGGGGACAACUCGCCGCCACUGGCGAUGUUGAAUUCGGCUCGCCGGCUGGAGAACAGGAGAAGGCCCAGAUUGUAGAGAUGGUGGAGGAUAAGGCUCCGACCACUCAGCACUUGUCAUGA